AUGACAAGCUCCACCCACGUGAGUCCUUCAUAUAUCGGUGUUCUAUCGAACCUCUGCUGCUCGGUUGGUUUCACAGCAGCUGGAAGACUUUGUGGCACCUUCAGAGGAGGAUCUGUAUCUGGAGGCAUCCCUCCAGGGCGGAGCUGGGUUGGUGGUGCCGGAUCUGGGUCGUAUAUCCUGCGUCUUGAUCAAUGUUCCGUGCGUCUUCAACAUUACAAUACAAGGAUAUUACCAUGUCCCACCUGGAGUCUCCCGACGCUCAAAUACCUGAAUGAUAUCAAACGCAUCCUCGGCAUCCAAAGCUGCUGCCGCAGCUGCACCUGUGAGGCUGUGAGCCGAUGGGGCGUUCUGAUGGGUGUGUGGCAGAUGCUCCUACCCGCUGCGCCAGCACCGAUUACGGCUACCGAUCUAAUUGUUGGUUUAGACAUUAUCAUGCCCGGAAAUACAGCUACAGUUUACCAGACUUCAGUACAUUAA